AUGUGCAAUCUGACUAGGCUAAUGAUUAGUCUGCUCAUACUAGCCAAAGUUCUACAGGCUUUAGAGAGCGCAGGUGUUUUCACAUCUGGUGGUUUGGUCAAAGAUAAGGUCCUGUUUUGGAGCACAGAGGUCGGAAGAACAUCGUUUGUCAGGCAGCUAGAGCCUGACAAGGCAUAUCGAUACAAACCCAGAAAUCAACACACAAUUAAACUGAUGUCUCUCUUAUUGGCUUUUGUUUGCCACGAGACUUCGACAACUGGAAGCCAGGAGACUUCGCGCUCGUGCAAUUGGACUUCACCCGAGGUCAAAUCUCGCGCUCAGCUUCUCUCUUCACAGAACAAGCUCCUCUUCAAAUCCCAUAACCUAAGAAUCUCGGAAGCCUACGACGACAUCAUCCCUCCUCAACCUGUAGAUCCGAGAAAAAGAAUAGACGGCGUCGUUUUUGACUGUUGGGCUCGUUUCCUGAAGCCGACGAAUUGA